AUGGCUUCAAUUGUUUUUGAUCAAAAUUUGGGUGGUCAAGUCGAUCAGUUUCUUGGAGAUGUCGAUGACCUCUUGACAGUGAAGACAGGCUCACCUGCUGAAAAGUUGAUUCGUUUGUUGCAGUGUGAGGAGCGUCCGGUGCGUGAGAAUGCGCUGGCAUUCUUGGCGUUUGCCAAUCAGGCACCGACCAACAAGGAUGCAUCGCGUGAGGCCGGCCUCAUCCCGAUUUUCAUUCAGUUCAUCAGUCCUUCUACGGUAGCCACUGCCGCCUCGAUGGCCAAACACGCCGUUAUGAGCUUGAUGUUCCUCGCCAACCACUCUGACGUCAACAAAGAAGCGAUUGCUGCGGUGGGCGGAGUCGACAAUGAGAAAGCGUUGUCCGCCGUCAACAACAUCUGUAUGCACAAGGACAACAAGGAUAAUGCACGUGUUGCCGGUACGAUCGAGGCGGUGAUCAAGCUGUUCCAAUCGAAGAAAGCAACUCUUGUCGAUAGUGCCGUUCGUAUGAUUUACAAUAUGACGAUUGUCGAUGCCAAUCGUGAGGCAUUGCGUCGUUGUGGUGGUCUCGAAGCGCUGGUCGGAAUACUCAACCAACAGGACGCUAUCAAGCUGAUCGUAUUGAAAGCACUCUCAAACAUGGCGGUCGACCGUCAAACCAUUGAAUAUGUAAUCCAAAACAAAGAUACCGUUCUCAAGCCAAUCCUUGACUUGUUCCCACUGAACAACAACGAACCGGUAUUCGAUCAGGUUCUCACCGUCAUUCAGAAUCUCGUGUCGGAGGACAACCUCAUCGAGGAGGUCUCCAAGAAUGGAAUCGUCGAAAAGAUCAUUCCAUCAAUCAAAGGAAUGCCACUUCAAAACACAUCACAACAAUCCAUUCUAAUCAAAUCUUCAUGUAUCAUUUCAGCAUUGGUGACAAUUGAGGAUGUUCAACAAAGUGCAGUUGAAAAUGGAAUCGUUGAUAUAUUGAUCGAUUUAUUAAAGUAUCCAUCUGUUGAUAUUAGAAAAGAAGCAGCUCGUUCACUCGCCAAUGCAACUCCAUACUACGAUGACGUCAGAGGUGAAGUAGGUAAAUUAGGUGGUGUCGAAUUAGCAUUGGAUCUCCUACUUUCAAACGAUAAAGAAGUUGCUAAACAAGCUGCAAGAGCAUUAGUUAAUCUUGCACGUAACACUCAUAAUGAAGAAAAGAUUUAUGAAGCAAAAGGUAUUGAACAUUCAAUUCGUUUGAUUAAUUCUGCGGAGAAGGAUUUGAAGAUGUUGGGUACAAAGUUGUUGGUCAAUUUGUCGUUGAAUGAGAAGGCAAGAAUUUCAUUCUGUCAAAAGGGUGGAUUGUCUAUUGUUCUCCAAUUGUUGAGCUCACCCGACCAAGAGUUGCAAUUACAAGGUACCAAGGUUGUUACCAAUCUUGCUAUUAGCGGUAGAAACCGUAAGUUGAUGAAUGAGAACGUACCAGAGUUGGUUCCAACCGUAAAGUCACUGCUCAACUCUAGCUCUGCCGAGAUCAAAGCACAAGCAGAUGUUGCUAUCAGCAACAUGUCUUUCCCUUACGAAAAGUCGUACGAUGGUUUGGACUUUGGAUUGGAGGAGCAAUUCCCAACACUCUUGACACAGUCGCAAUACGAGCACGAGGAUGACGACGACGACGAAGACAAGGAGGAAGCACAAAAGGCACGUUUGAUCGAGGAGGAAGAGUUACGAUUGGCAGCAGAGACAGAAAUUAACGAGCGUAAGAGAAUCAUGGAGGAGGAGAUGAAGAGAAUCGAGUUGAGAAGAAAACAAGAGGAGGAGAAACGUAAGCAAGAAGAGGAGGAGAAGCGUAAGCAAAAGGAGGAAGCCGAACGUGUUAGAAAGUUGGCUGAGGAGAUGGAGCGUUUGCGUUUGGAGGAAGAGGAGAAACAGAGAAAGGCUGACGAGGAGAAGAGACGUGCCGAUGCCGCUGCUGAAGCUGAGCGUUUGGAGAAGCUUUCCAAGGAGCAAGCCGAGCAGGAGAGAGCUGCCGCCGCCGCUGCCGCCGUUGAACUUGCUGCCAAGCUUGCCAAGGAGGAAGUAGAGCGUAAGAAGCGUGAGGAGGAAGAGCGUGUUCGUCGUGAAGAGGAAGAGCGUAAGAGACGUGCCGACGCAGAGAUAGCUGAACAAAUUCGUUUGGCCGAAGAGGAACGUCGUCGUAAGGAGCAAGAGGAGGAGGAAGAGCGUCGUCGUAAGGAGGAAGAGGAGUUCUUGAAGCGUAUGGAACAAGAGAUUAAGGAUCGUGAGGAAGAGAUCAAGAGAAAGAAGGAGGAGGAAGAUGCCCGUCGUCGUCGUGAGGAAGAAGCUAAGCGCGCACAAGAAGCACAAGACAAGGCAUCGCAAGAAGCUGCCAAGGCUGCACAGGAAGCUGCACGUGCCAACAAACGUACUCAUAUCGUUCAGGAGAUUAUGCACGUCGAAGCCAACUACGUUCGUAACUUGGGAUUGAUCGUUAAGAAGUUCUUGAAUCCAUUGGUUUCCGCUGCCGCUUCGAAGCGUCCAAUCAUCACUCAAGACAAAAUCAAGGCGAUCUUCUCGAUCGUCGAAAUCAUCCAUAAUUUCAACUCGAUGCUAUCGGACAGUCUUCAGUCUCGUGUCAAACGUUGGUUGGCCGACAACAAGAAGGAUGCACUCAUUAUCGGUGAUAUCUUUAUAAAGACAACCGAUUUCAUGACCGUCUACAGUACCUAUAUUAACAACUACAACAACGCCAUCAAGAAUUACAACGAGUGUAAAAAGACCAAUCCAGCAUUUGCCCAAUUCAUCAAGAAGGUCGAGAACGAUCCAGAGAUGAACGAUCAAGAGUUGGAGAAUCUACUUAUCAAUCCCGUACAACAGCUGCCACGUUACGUAAUGUUGUUGGCCGAUUUGAUAAAGAAUACCAACGACGACCAUCCCGAUCACAAAGCAUUGGUAGAGGCACUCGAGAAGAUUCGUGCUGUGACCUCAUACGUCAACGAGCGUAAGCGUGACGCAGAGGAUGCCAUGACAAUGGUAUCGAUUCACCAGAAUCUCCGUGGAAAGAUCCCAUCGAACUUCUUGGCACCACACCGUAAGUUUGUCAAGGAAGGAAACAUCCAGUUUGGUUCUUCGUCCGGUUCCUUCAAGGACAAGGAUCCAGCGGUGUUCCUCUUCACCGACAUGCUGAUGAUGACAGCCAAACAUCCAAACAAACCAAACGAAUACAAAUUCCGUUACAGUGUCAUGUUGACUCACUCAACAGUGAUCGAAGACUUUGCAAGAAUCAACAAUGGUUUCAUCGUAAAGGCAGCUCAAUGGUGGAUGUUCUCAUGCGCCACACCAACUGAGAAACAACAAUGGAUAGAAUCACUCAACAAAGUCAUUCAAGCAUUACCAAAGAAAUAA